AUGGACCUCGAUUCUUUCGACUCCGCUCGUUGCAAGGAGGCUCUCUCAUCCUACGACGCCGUAAUUAGAGUCCUCGGAAAACCGAAUCUAGUCUCCCUCGACGAUUUCUACCGCAGGGAGCUCCCGGAACUCCUCCGUCAACGGAACCCUAAUCCCCACAUCACUGCCGGCGAGCUCUCCAGGCUUAUGGAGUGGAAGCUCGCGCGCGGAAAAUGGAGGCCCCGGUUGCUUUCCUUCAUGUCCGCCCUGGACGACGCCGUCGUGCGGGAGGCCUCCACCAAGGCGUUUGCUUCCUUGCCUGAUGUAUCCAAGGCCGUGCAGGAGCUAACGGUGCUGAAGGGCGUGGGACCCGCCACCGCCUCCGCCGUGCUGGCUGCCUAUGCGCCGGAGGUCGUCCCUUUCAUGUCCGACGAGGCCUUGAUUGUUGUGACUGGAGACACAAAGGACUAUUCGUUGAAGCGGUAUGUGGCGUUUGCAGAAAAGAUGCAGACAAAGGCAAAGAUGGAUAUGGCAGAGGUAACUUUGUGCCCGGGAGAGGAGGAAAUACGGGCAGAGGAAGAGGUAAUGCGUAAUGGAGAUCAAUGGGGAGGAGGUAGAGGUAGAGGAGAGCACCUAGGCUCACAAAGGAAGAGAAGACAAAACUAG